AUGCGGAUGCCCUGCACGCAUAUCAGGGCUAGAGGGCCAUCUCCGCAAUAGCAGAUUUCAUUUUCAUACAGAGCCAGAAACUGUCUUUUUCUUGCGUGACUCCAACCUCAGCACCUGACCCUCAAAACGCUGCCCUAUAUAGUUUAUGUUACUUGGCAACAAAGUUGCCCCUGAAGCGGUUUCCGCCGGCCAUGACGCGGCGCUGCGGCUGGCCGGUACCUCUACGGCGCCGCUCGGCUGCGUUGCGACAAAAUAGCCCAUCUUGAAGCGGGUGUUUGCUGCCCAGGACAGCGGCAGGAGCGGACCUUUUAGGUCCGAAAGAGUGAAGCGAUGCCUGGGCAGCUAGAAGGUGGCUCGGACCAGGUUACCGUCAGCACGGACGCGACUGAAGGGGGUACCCUGGUCCGAGUUGUUGCACCUUCCCGUCAUAUCAGGAUGGUCGACCUUAUGCCUGUGUUCGAGGCUCUUGACCUGAACUUGGUCAGUUAUACAGCGGAGCCCGACCCGGAUGCUGCAGCGCAUGGACCUUCCGCGGGGACGUUUGCUCGUCGAAAGCACAGCUUUCGCGGGCGGUUCCUUGUUACAGACGCAGACGGUCAAAACCUAAGUGAGGAAAUACUGGAGGGACUGGUAACCAUGCUGCAGGAUGCGCUCCACGUGCGACUUAGUCGACGUGGCACCGUCCAUGACCACUCCCGCCGCGGCAGCAUGGCUUCAUACGCGACAGAAACCAGCGUGGAUCCGGAUUCGCCGUCUUUUGGGGGCGCUGUGGCAGGGGCAGUUCCAGGCCACCCGGGGGCCAGCAGCGGCCACGGCGCGCUGCUCAACAGCCACCUCAACCCCAACGCCCAUGGCCACCACCUACACAUACACCAUUCCCAUCACCACUACACAUUCCAGUACCUCAGCGACCAGCACGAGCACGCAGCCACGGCAAGCAGCAUGCUGCCCUCGGAUCACAGCAUAAGCAGUCUAGGCUCUUUGCUACGCGCGACAUCAGGAGCCGCAUCCGAGCAUACUGCGGUGCCCAGCCCGGCCUCAAACGCCCGGCACGACUCCGCGACGUUCUCAUUCUUGAACCAGCACUCGGAGUCGACAGCCACUUUGGACCAUGGUGUCGCGCACACGCCCACGCUGCCGCCUGUAAACGGCUGUUGCAGCAGCAAUCUUAGCACGGAGGACCGCUGCAGCGGUGGGCCCACGACGCCCCUCAUCGCAGGCAGCUUCCAUCCCCAACACACGCGCUCGCUGCCGGUGCCUCAUCAGGCACUGCAUCCCCCGGAUUCGUACGACCUGGGCAGCGCAAUGCCGCCCCGUACGUCAUCCCACACGCCAACGACCCUAAACCCCAGCCCACGUACUAGCCUGGAAGCCGGACCCUGCCGGACCGUCCAAGUAGGGUUUUACGAGCAGUCCACAUGUGCCGCUCUUGCGCCGGCGACAGCCGGCCCUGCGAGCUCGUUUGCGGCUGCGGCAGACCACCGUCCGGCCUCUUCCUCCACCACGUGCGGGUCCACUGCCUGCGAGGCAUCCUUGUCUAUAGCGGCGCCUGCAUGCACAGCAGCCGCUUUGGCCGUGGCGGGUUCCUGCGGCACUUCUGGGAUCGUGGGCAGCGGGGAGUCUGUGGCCGCGUCGGGCGGAGACGCGAGCCCAACGUCUUCGGACGAUAAGGACGGGGCUUACACCUGGUGGUCUACGUUCUCGGCUCAGGACUCUGUGGCCCGGAUCAUGUCACAUCCGGCCCGCUCUAUUUCCGCGGAAGCCGAUCUGGGUCAGGCGAAGAGUUUGAUGACGAAGCACAACAUCUCGGCGCUGUUGGUGGACACGGGCGGGGCGUCACCGGGCUUCAUCACUAAGCGGGAUUUUCUUAAAGUGCAGUUCAACAAGAAUUUUAAGCGCACAAAGGUGAAGGAUGUGAUGACGCAGCCGGUCAUUUCGGUGGACAUCAGCCUGCCGAUCGAGCAGUGCUCCCGCGUGCUCGAGGCGCAUGGCGUGCGGCGGGUGCUGGUGCGGGACCCCUCGCGCGCAUCGGUGACAGACCCGCUGUCAGCCUAUGUGGGCGUGGUGAGCGAUGCGGACCUCUUCAAGUGCAUGGGCGCUCCGGCCACCUCGCCAGUCGUGGGCUCCAUGGCAAACUCCUCGGAAAACAUGCAGCAGCCCAACAACCCCGGCUACGGCGCCCUGGCAGCGGAUCUAGGAGGCCUCGCGCCGCUGCCCACGCUGCCACCCCUGCCGCCGCUGCCCAUGCAACCGCUGCAACCGCUCCUGCCGGCCGCGGUGCAGCCCUCAGCCGCUCCUGCCGUACACCCGCCUGCUGCUGCCGUGCCUCCUCACGCCCAGCACCCGCUACCCGUGCUACCGGCUCUACAGUCGCUUUCCUCCGUGGCCUCCACAGCCUCCAUGAGCUGUUCCAUGGGCCCUUCCUCCAUGGGCAUCACAAACUCGACCGGGCCCAUAACGACUGUGUUGGAGUCGGUUUCGGCGCCGGUGGCGGCAGCGGCAGCAGCUUUGGCCAUGACGGCAUCGUCGGCGGCGUUGGGCUUGGCCUCAAGCGGAACAGCUGGGUCGUCUGUGAUGCUGCUCAAUCCGGAGGCUUCUCUGGCGGACCGCUACCGCUGCGCUGCUGCGCUGUGGGAGCUGGACUUUAAUGAGCUGGAGGUGACACGACGCAUCGGCGAGGGCUCCUUUGGUGAGGUGCUGCUUGCCAACUUCCGCGGGACCAAGGUGGCUGUGAAGCGGUUGCGCGGUUUCGACAUGGGGCCGGACAACCCGGACACGGGGGGACCGGGCGAGACGGGGCCGUCGCCAACGCAGAUGCCCAUCUUUAGGCAGUUCUUUGAGCGCGAGAUUGAGAUCCUGGCUACAAUACGGCAUCCCAACGUGGUCAACUUCAUCGGCGCCUGCCACACGCCGCCCAACGUGUGCCUGGUGACCGAGUACUGCGCGCGGGGCUCGCUGGACCACCUGCUGCACAAGUCCAGCAUCACGCUGGACUUGGCGAAGAAGGUGGAGUUUUCCAUGGACAUUGCUCGCGGCAUGAGCUGCCUGCACUCGCAGAAGCCGCCCAUCAUCCACCGAGACCUCAAGACGGCCAACCUGCUGGUGUCGGCCCGGUUUGAAGUCAAGGUUGCCGACUUUGGCCUAAGCCGCAUCAAGGACCACGCGCAGCUGAUCAACAGCCGGGCGGGGCUGGAGGGCACUGUGGAGUACGCGGCGCCGGAGGUGCUACGUGGAGAGCCGUACACGGAAAAGUGCGACAUCUGGUCGUACGCCGUACUGCUGUGGGAGAUCAUUCACCGUCAGCGGCCGUACGCAGACGCCGACGUGCCCGUUUACAUCCUAAUGAUGUCCCUGGGCAACGGCACGCUGCGCUUGCCGCCCGUCCGCGAGGAGUUGGCCACGCCGGGUCUGGUUCGUCUGGUGGACCGCUGCAUGGCCUGGCACCCCGCCGAGCGGCCCAGCUUUCGAGAGGUGCUGCAUGCGCUGGAGCUGGAGUAUAAGAUCCUGCGGGGCAAGGCGGCAGCCGUCCCGCGGUCCGACUCCGCCUCCUGCAUGAUGAUGCUGCCCGCCAUGGCGCAGAGCCGCGGAGCGGAGCGGAAACCCCCGGCCGCGCAGCAGCCUCGCAGCCGCGUCGCCCCCGCCGCCGCUGCCGCCAACAACAACGACACGGGCACGGCUGCACAGGACGCCAGCAGCAAUCACCCGGAGCACCAUUCGCAGCAGCAGCAGCCCCAACGGCAGCUCCAACAUCAGCAGCAGAGACAUCAUCAUCACCACCACCACCACCCGCCGCUGGGCCCUUCCAGCGGCUCCGGGGAUGCGCAUGCGGCUGGGGCAGGCGCAGCAGCUGCGCAGCAAGCACGGCCUUCCGGCAAUACGCCGCACCCGUUGCUGACCUCGAUGUCGCAGCGGAAAGGCUCGAAGCUGUGCCUCACGUCGCUCAACCCAGCCCUUAGUUCCGCGGGCUCUGGCGGUGGCCGUGGCGCGGGUGGUGGUGGUUGUGGUGUUGGUGAUUCCAGCCCACCGGCAAAGGACGCGCCUGUUGCUACCACGUUUGUGGAUGAGAUCAGUCCUGAGCACCAUGAGCCUCAUCAUCAUCACCAUCACCACCAUCAUAACCACCAUAAUCACCAUCAUCAUCAACAUGACCACCAGCAGCAGCAUAGCCACCACCAUGCCCCGCAUCAGCACCAGCAGCCAAAUCUGCAGCCUCAUCCGCCAAGUAGACCUCGCGUAAAGCUGGUUAUGCCUGUCACCUCGGCGGCCGGCGCUUCCGACCAUUCCGCCGAUCCUACCAGCCCGGGUGGCUCGUCGCGCCCGCCCUCCAGCCGUACAACCGGCGCCGGUGGAGCCACUCCUGCUGCUGCGAACCGUGGCCACGUAGCCGCGCACAAGCCCGGCAGCGCCGGAAGACAUCAAGGCCGCUCCCUGCGCUCUGCUGCUAGGUCCAAGUCCAUGCCACUACCGGAAUUCGAGUGGUUUGGUCCGGAGGAGGGCUCGGAAGAGGCAACCGACUCGGUCGCGGAUGAGGAAGGAGAGGGAAGGGCGUCAAGGGACAGCACCGCAAGCGGUGGCCCGGCGCAUGCAGCGGCAAUGUCGCAGGCUGCUUCUGCGGAUGCGAUGGGUCACGCAGGUGGAGAUGACUCUGGCAUGGAAGGCAUGGAGGGCUCGCCUGGGAACGACAUGCUAGCGCAGCACCUGAUGGUUCGCCUUCCGCCGUUGCCGGAGGCGCAUGGAGCCUGGGCUACGGCCGACGCGGACUCGGAACAGAGCCCGGUUGCGGUCACCGCAACCAGCGCUGAGUUGCGGCAUGGGGAGGGCCCGGCGAGCGGCUGCACAAGCAAGCUCACCACGCCCUUUUCCGCAGCAGCAGCGGCGAGCUUUCAGGACGCCUCCGACGCCACAGGCUCGAGCGCGGACGGGGAGGCUUGGGGCAGGGAGGAGGAGGGCCACGAUGGCUUUGCAGGUUCGGGCAGGGGUCCCGCGUCUCGACCUGCCGUACCGAACCUCUCGCCGUUCCACCUGGCCGCGAGUAGCCCAUUUGCUGACGCUGCUGAUCAGCCAUGGUCACCACGUGUCACGGAGGAGUCUACGACGACACCGCUGGCCUCGCGCCUGAGUGCCCACCUGGACUUGGACUCGUGCAGCGGCGUAGAGCGACAGCCAUGCGCCCUACAAACCCCCGAGCCCGCAGCUGCGGUUCCUGCGGCGGCAGCCCUGCCGCCGCGGCCGCCCCGCGCCGUCGCCUUCCUUAGUCCCUUUGCGCAGCUUGCGAGUGAGGUGCGGGCUCCGUCUUCUGAGGACGAGGCGGAGGCGGAUGACGAGCAGCGCCGCAGCAGCCGAGCGCCGGGAGCUGCCAGCGGCCCAUGUGGGAACAGCACCACCGGAUCAGCAUGUACGGCAUCCAGGCCGGUGGCUGCUGCUUCAACCGCCAACAGCACCGACGUGCACGUCGCCAUUGAGAAAGACCAGCAGAGUCCUCCUGAUGCCUGUUGGGGCGUGCUGGGCACAUGCAGCAAGCCGCCGUCCGGCGACGUGUAUCCCAGCAGCGGCGCGGGACGCAUCUCCCCGGUCAACCAUGCAAGCAGCCCGCAAGCUCUGGCGAGCGCGUUUGCCUGCAUGAGCGACCUCAAUGCCGCAGUCGACGGGGCCCUGGGCAUCGACGGCGGCAGCGAUGUUGCAGGCCAUGAGGCUGUGGAGGUGGAGGCGGAGGAAGAGCGCUUAGCGGUGGUGGCGGCUGCGGCGGGUCUAGAGGCGUUGACGCUGACGUUGCCGGGCGUCAUGGCCUUUGCUGGUACGAGCAUCACGGGUGCAGCCCGGGUUAGCGAGCAGUUUGGCGAUGAGGAGGAGGAUGACGUGGAUGCCACGCUGCACACCACUGCGUGGGUUCGGUUGUAGGCGGGGUAAAAAUAAGGGGAGGCGUGUGCAAGGUCGUAUGCGCUGUUGGGGAUUGUUUCGUCUGCUCUGUCCAUGGCGUGUGCAUGCAAGCGAGUGGGUGGUGGUUGUGUAAUGUGGCGUUGCCGUGUCGUACUUGUUUCCCAUGCCGAUCCUGCGCUUGGUUGUGCGGUGGUCUCCGCUGGUUUAAUUGCGGUUCGUGCGGGUGUGGGACGUUAGAGCGCUGACGGCUGCCCUGGCGUCCUGUGGCCCAAGGGAGAGCCGAGCCCUGGGCAGGUUAUCCACAGUCGAAUGUCUUCAAGUAAUGUUCGCACAAUGUGUUGUUUACGCACUAGGGAAGCAGUGCUCGUAUUUGGGUCCGUAGGCAGUCCCUCAGUCCUGCCAGCCCAGCGGUGGGUGUCUCCCCCGCUUGCAUGGUGAUGGUUGGCUGCCUGACAUUGCUAGCACAGGGCAGAGCGAAGGGGUGAUUUGAGGACAUGACAUCAGAGCGGAAUGAUGACGGUUCGGGUGCAGACCAGCCGGUAGGAUUGCUGUGGUGUGGAUGGAACGAACAGAAGGCAUGGGAGACAGCAGGCGCGGUGGCAUAACUAGAGCUCAGAUGGGUAUGCUGACGUUAUUGCAGGUCGGUUUGUCUAGUAGCGGAAGAAACAGCCCAUGGGGGUGCGGGGGGGCUGCUUGGGCGCAGUAGUGCGGGGGGAGCGCUAUGUAGACGGCCUGGCUGUGUGCGCGCUACACAAGCGGGAUGGCGUCUUAUGUGUUGCGGGCUUGCGGCUAGGGCCUAGGUCGCUACAGGAACUGGGGGCCGGAAGCUACGGUAACUGGAUGGCUGCAUGGUGCUGCCGUUUGGCGUGUUUGCCUUAGACAGGCGCAAGGCGGCGUGCUUGCGUUGCUGCAUAUGUUUGUGCGGCGAGGAACAUAAUUCCUGGAAGGACCGGGUGGUAUAACAUGCCCGGGGCAACAACGACAGCUCGUGACCGUGUAUGUGCUGUGACGUCCUUUUGGCAAGGAUGGGAGAGGGGCUCCCCAUUAGGAUGCAGGCGCCCUGGUAUUUGGUGUCGUCGCACGCCUCUCAUGCAGCGCGUUUGGAUGGGUGUAGCUGCUAUUGUUUGUGUCCGAUGCGCGGUGAUCUUUGAUGUGAUGUUUCGACUAACGAUGUGACCGUUAUCCCCGUGCGUCACGCAUCCCGGCAUGGCAGGGUCAUGCGUCGUAGCCUCCCGGAUAGCGUACCCACCCAGUAUUAUAUGACAAGAGAGACACAUAGACUCAACUUACUAUGCCUGUCCCAAUUAUUGUUGGGAAGGCGUCUUGGGUGCAAAAGGGAGAAUAACAGUGGCUGCAGGUGUAGUGUGGACGGCUGCUAGGUACCGACGGCAAUGGGGGCAUUAGCUACUACGGGCGUGUCUUGGGAGCAGCAGGUCAUGAGCUUAGCCAUAAAAGUCAAGGUGCUGUACUGGAAGGCUGGCGGUGUAUGUUGUGGCUCAAGGUCUUAACAAUGCUAGCUGCAGCGUGUUUGCAGCAGGGUGCAUGCCGGGACCUACGGUGCUGUUCUCGUUUGUGCCUGCUGACUACCUGCGCUGGGAUGAAUCUCGCUGGAAGGUUUCCUCUGUAGCACUGUAGGACAGACGGCUCAAGAAAGGUGCUUAGGAGUGGUGCGUAAGUGCGCAUGUGUCUGUGCUAAGAAAACUGGUCUGUGUAUGCCUUGUGUCUGGGGCUCUCUUGCGGCUGCGGAGGGCGGCGCUUGCCGUACUGGUGAGGCUGCUUCCCACCACUAGUUGAGAGCUCGCUAUCGUUCGACUCGGCUCGGCAGACGAAAUUUCAUGUCAGCCGUUGUUUGAGAGAAGGAGAACAUGGCCUAGUGCCCUCGUACGACGACUUUGCUAAAGGUUUACGACACGGUAUUGUCGUAAACCUUUAGCAAAGUCACACGACACGUACGACAAUACGACACGGUAUUGUUAAUGAUGCCCGGCAUGCAGUGCGACUGCAACACGCAUGGGCUUCCCUGCUGCCUGAUUCGCUGCUAAGCCGGAGGGCUGGGUAGAUGUCGAAGCGAAGGCCGAACUCUGUUAAGUGUGGGUUACGUAUUGCCGUGCUGGGGCUGCCACUUGUGCAAGGGCCGGUUAUAGCGUGGCCGGUGGGUGCUCAUAAGGACGGU